CUUCUAUAUGUGGAAUGGAAAUGAACUCAACUAAACAUAGCAAUUAUCCCAUAGUUUGUCUGCGAGACACGAGACAGGAAAAGGGUUGGCAUUGAUAUACGUAGAUUUGUUUUUUUCUCGCGUGAGAAUUCUGGAACGAGUGUCUUUUUGUCGAGGAACUUCAUGGACCAUGGUUUUUCGUAGAUCAUUCAACGGUGAAGGUGAAGAAGCUGGUUUUGUUGGGAUCUAAUGCCAGUCUGCUCUAAAUCUGUCAAGGACAGUCAUCAACUGAUUUUUGUUUUGAACAUUGAAGAAACAUGAAGUUUGGAUCAAAGAAAUCCAUUAUGCCUUUUCGGUUGAAAUGCAAAUCAGCCUCCCGGUUUUCUGUGUUUCAUUUGAAAAGAAAAUCAGCCACCAGGUUUUGUAUGUUCCCUAAGGCGAAGUCAACUAGCUAUGGUCCUGGCGAUACUCCAGUCUAUCUUAAUGUGUAUGACUUGACACCCAUGAAUGGCUAUGUUUACUGGGCAGGUCUUGGUAUCUUUCAUUCUGGUGUGGAAGUUCACGGUGUAGAAUAUGCAUUUGGAGCUCAUGACUACCCCACGAGUGGUGUUUUUGAGGUUGAACCGCAGCAGUGCCCAGGCUUCAAGUUCAGGAGAUCAAUAUUCAUUGGGACCACCAGCUUGGACCCUAAUCAGGUGAGAUCAUUCAUGGAGCGCCACUCAUCAAGCUACCAUGGAGAUACAUAUCACCUAAUUGCCAAGAACUGCAAUCAUUUCUGCACGGACGUUUGUUACAAGCUCACAGGAAAACCUAUUCCAAAAUGGGUAAAUCGACUAGCAAAAAUAGGUUCGAUAUGCAACCGGAUACUCCCGAAAACCCUCAAGGUAUCUGCUGUAAGGCAUGACCAUGAUUACGAACUGCAUGAUAGUGAGAAGAAGAGGCUAAGAAGUUCCUUCAGUUGCCUGUCCUCGAUCUCCACAAGGCAAAAGCAAUUAUCAACAUCUUCAUUAUUUCUACAAUCGCCCUUGAAAGGUUGCUUACCACCAUGGGAAUUAAGGUGGUCUCACUUUGGUUCUUUGAAAGAAAGGUGAGAAAAUGCUUGGAAGGUAUGCAAUCAGUUGAUGUUCUUAGUACAUCAAACGGCUUAGCUUGAAGAGGAAACUUAUUUUGUCAGCUGGCUCUUGAAGGCAUGCGGCCCCUUAAUUAUCUUUCGAAUUUAGAAUAGUCAGGAGGUGCUGCUUGUCAUCAUUGUAACGCUAGUCUGAUGUCGAAACCAUUAAGAAGAGAAAGCAUGUAUGUCAAAGCAUUGCCCUCCUUUAGCUGUAGAUUGUACUUGUAGUGUGUUUUGUUUGAUUUUAUUUUAUAUUUUAGGUAGUUUUUGUUGUUCAUGGCAGAUUCUUUUCCAAAGUUUGUUGAUUCUGGUAUUGGUACAGAAUGGAAGAAUCUUCUUCCAUCGUUAUUCAGCCUGUAAAUACUAAUAUAAUGUGAUGUUUGUGAUAUUUCAUCCUUC